AUGAAGGAAACUAGGAAAAAGGAAAAUGUAGGCAAACCCUUGUGGCAAGCGGGGUCACGCCCGGUGCGGUGGUUCAAAGGUGGCUCCGGUGAGGGCAAUUGGGGGCGUGCGCUGUGGCUCACGAAAAUUGGGGGGGGGGGGGAGAUUGGCCGAGGGAGAAAGCUGAGCAGGAUUCGGGCUCACGGUCCGCGAUGCGUGGUGGUCGGUGCAGAGGAUGAGAGAGUUGAUCGCGGCUCAGUUGGGUGGAGAUAG